AUGGCCAAGGGUCCUCCCUUUCUGGAAUUGGCAUUAGAAAAUUACAUUGAAAACAUUAGCCUUUAUCAGAAAAAAAAAAGUAGCAGCUCUGAAUCAUUAAGUGACAAAGGUUCUGAAUUGAAGAAAAGCUUUGAUGCUGUGGUAUUUGAUGUUCUUAAGGUUACACCAGAAGAAUAUGCGGGUCAGAUAACACUAAUGGAUGUUCCAGUAUUUAAAGCCAUCCAACCAGAUGAACUUUCCAGUUGUGGAUGGAAUAAAAAAGAAAAAUAUAGUUCUGCACCAAAUGCUGUUGCCUUCACAAGAAGAUUUAAUCAUGUAAGCUUUUGGGUUGUUAGAGAGAUUCUUCAUGCUCAAACAUUAAAAAUCAGAGCAGAAGUUUUGAGCCACUAUAUUAAAACUGCUAAGAAGCUGUACGAACUGAAUAACCUCCAUGCACUUAUGGCGGUGGUUUCUGGCUUACAAAGUGCCCCAAUUUUCAGGUUGACCAAAACAUGGGCGUUAUUAAGUCGAAAAGACAAAACUACCUUUGAAAAAUUAGAAUAUGUCAUGAGUAAAGAAGAUAACUACAAAAGACUCCGAGACUAUAUAAGUAGCUUAAAGAUGACACCUUGCAUUCCCUAUUUAGGUAUCUAUUUGUCAGAUUUAACGUAUAUUGAUUCGGCGUACCCAUCAACUGGCAGCAUUCUAGAAAAUGAGCAAAGAUCAAAUUUAAUGAAUAACAUCCUUAGAAUAAUUUCUGACUUACAGCAAUCCUGUGAAUAUGAUAUUCCCAUGUUGCCUCAUGUCCAAAAGUAUCUGAACUCGGUGCAGUAUAUAGAAGAGCUACAGAAGUUUGUGGAGGAUGAUAAUUACAAGCUUUCAUUAAAGAUAGAGCCAGGGACAAGCACACCACGUUCUGCUGCUUCCAGGGAAGAUUUAGUAGGUCCUGAAGUAGGAGCAUCGCCACAAAGUGGAAGAAAAAGUGUGGCGGCUGAAGGAGGAGCCUUACUACCACAGACACCCCCGUCCCCUCGAAAUCUGAUUCCACAUGGACAUAGGAAGUGCCAUAGCUUGGGAUAUAAUUUCAUUCAUAAAAUGAACACAGCAGAGUUUAAGAGUGCAACGUUCCCAAAUGCAGGGCCAAGACAUCUAUUAGAUGAUAGUGUCCUGGAGCCCCAUGCACCAUCUCGAGGCCAAGCUGAAAGUUCCACUCUUUCCAGUGGAAUAUCAAUAGGUAGCAGUGAUGGUUCUGAGUUAAGUGAAGAGACCUCGUGGCCAGCUUUUGAAAGGAACAGAUUAUACCAUUCUCUCGGCUCGGUGACAAGAGUGGCACGAAAUGGCUAUCGAAGCCACAUGAAGGCCAGCAGUUCUGCAGAAUCAGAAGACUUGGCAGUGCAUUUAUAUCCAGGAGCUGUGACUAUUCAAGGUGUUCUCAGGAGAAAAACUUUGUUAAAAGAAGGCAAGAAGCCUACAGUAGCAUCUUGGACAAAAUACUGGGCAGCUUUAUGUGGAACACAACUUUUUUACUAUGCUGCCAAAUCUCUAAAGGCUACAGAAAGAAAACAUUUCAAAUCAACAUCAAAUAAGAACGUGUCUGUGGUAGGAUGGAUGGUGAUGAUGGCUGAUGACCCAGAACAUCCAGAUCUCUUCUUGCUCACAGACUCUGAGAAAGGAAAUUCAUACAAGUUUCAAGCUGGCAAUCGGAUGAAUGCAAUGCUGUGGUUUAAGCAUUUGAGUGCAGCCUGCCAAAGUAACAAACAACAGGUUCCUACAAACUUGAUGACUUUUGAAUAA